CGCAUUUCAUUCUGAAAAUGGCGGCCGUACAGGGUAGUAUAGUCGACGCGAAAGACGAAGCCGACAUUAAAACAGAACCAGCGACCGAUGGCUUCGGAAAUAAUCACGCCAACGACGCGGGAGUGCUCUCUGCGUCCCCCGGCUCCAGCGCUGCGGCUGGAAACAACAAGCCGGCGGCGGGAGCCCCUGAGGACCAGCAGACCCUGCUGGCUGUGCUGCAGUUCCUCAGAAAGAACAAACUGUCAGAGUCCGCGGAAAUUCUGCGUCGCGAGGCGGGAUUGCCGGAGGAGGCUCUGGAUCCAAAGGGGGCUGACUCCGCCGGUUCUGGGCUGGGAAGUGGUGCGGACAUAGACGGUGGGGAUGCGAGCGCUUUGCUCAGCCGGGUGACCGUCUCUGCUCCCGGCGGAGCUAAGGCGCCAACCAAAGCAGCUGGGGAGGAUCAGCCAGACGUCAACGUGGUUCUGUCAGCCUACAGCCAGCAGGGAGACCCAGCUCUAUAUGAAGUUUACUACAGCGGUCUGAAGAAGUUCAUCGAGUCGGUUCUGGACUGCCACAGAGCAGAACUGUCUCAGGUCUUCUACCCUCUGUUUGUCCACAUGUACCUGGAACUGGUCUACAACAAUCAUGAAGGCGAGGCUAAGGCCUUCUUUGAAAAGUUCAGCGGGGACCAGGAGUGCUACUACGAAGAGGACCUACGCAUUUUGUCAAGCCUUACGAAGAAGGAGCACAUGAGAGGGAACGAGACGCUGCUGGAUUUCCGCACCAGCAAGUUCGUUUUGCGCAUCUCCCGCGACUCCUACCAGCUGCUGAAGAGACACCUGCAGGAGCGCCAGAACAACCAGAUAUGGAAUAUCAUCCAAGAGCACCUCUACAUCGACAUCUUCGAUGGCAUGCCGCGCAGCAAGAGCCAGAUCGACGCCAUGUCCGGCAGCUUGGCUGGAGAGGCCAAACGAGAAGCAAAUAAGGCCAAGGUUUACUAUGGCCUGCUGAAGGAGCCAGAAAUCGAGCUUCCCCUUGAUGAUGAGGAUGAGGAAGCAGAGAACGAGGAAGGUAAACCCAAGAAGAAAAAGCCCAAAAAGGACAGCACCGGCUCCAAAAGCAAGAAGCAGGAUCCAAACGCUCCUUCACAGACCAGAAUACCUCUACCAGAACUAAAAGACUCAGACAAGCUGGACAAGAUCAUGUACAUGAAGGAGUCCACCAAGAGAAUUCGUUUGGGACCUGACAACCUGCCCUCCAUCUGCUUCUACACCUUUCUCAACGCAUACCAGGGUCUAACUGCGGUUGACGUAACGGACGACUCCAGUCUGAUCGCAGGGGGCUUCGCUGACUCCACGGUACGGGUGUGGAGCGUCACGCCGAAGAAGCUCCGCAAGGUCAAGACCGCCGCAGAUUUGAAUCUGAUUGACAAAGAGUCAGAUGAUGUUCUUGAGAGGAUUAUGGACGAUAAGACGGCCAGUGAGUCAAAGUGCCUCUAUGGACACAGUGGACCUGUGUAUGGCAUCAGCUUCAGCCCAGACAGAAACUACUUGCUGUCAUGCUCUGAAGACGGCACGGUCAGGUUGUGGAGCCUCCUGACCUUCACCUGUCUGGUGGGAUACAAAGGCCACAACUACCCAGUGUGGGACACGCAGUUCUCGCCUUACGGAUAUUAUUUCAUCUCCGGGGGGCACGACCGGGUCGCCCGCUUGUGGGCGACUGAUCACCACCAGCCGCUGCGGAUAUUCGCCGGUCACCUGGCCGACGUCACUUGCACUCGCUUCCACCCCAACGCAAAUUACGUGGCCACAGGCUCGUCUGACCGCACCAUCCGUCUGUGGGACGUCCUCACCGGAAACUGCGUCCGUAUUUUCACCGGUCACAAGGGUCCCAUCCACGCGUUGGCGUUCUCUCCUAAUGGGAAGUUUUUGGCCUCGGGAGCCACUGAUGGCAGAGUCCUCCUGUGGGACAUCGGUCACGGACUGAUGGUCGGAGAGCUCAAGGGUCACACAGAGUGCAUCUACUCCCUCAGAUUCAGCAGGGAUGGAGAGAUCCUUGGCUCCGGUUCUAUGGACAACACGGUUCGCCUGUGGGAUGCGACGAAAGCAUUUGACGAUUUAGAAACGGAUGACUUCACUGCGGCUACGGGACACAUCCACCUGCAGGAUAACUCCCAGGAGCUUCUGCUGGGGACCUACAUGACCAAAUCGACGCCUGUAGUUCACCUUCACUUCACACGGAGGAACCUGCUUCUGGCCGCAGGAGCUUAUAAUCCAUAACAGCAUUGGACCAUCGGGGAGGGAGGAGAAAUCAUUUAAAGCUUGACAUGAUGCACAUCACUAACCUCUGAGCUGUACAAAUAAACGUCAUCAGUUUUUCUGGCUAACAGACUGAAGUAGUAAUCGGUUGACCAAUCAGGUUCCCAGAACAAAGCUAACUGUUGCAGUUGUAAACUGCCUCAUUGACCCUUUUUUUUUUUUUUUUUUUUUUAUAAAUCACUGCCAUGACUUCACAGUUUACCUCAAAACAUGGCUUUCAUCUUUGUAACAUAUUCUUUUAUACUGAUGCACAUUGUAAAUAAAAACAAAGUGUUUUCUA